AUGAAGGUCUUGGCUGUGCUUCUUUUGGCUCUGGUAGCUUGCUCCUCCGCGAGGAACAUUGACGCGGACGAUGUAAUCAGUCUUGAAGAACUCACUGCAUAUGGCUACCACUCUAAAGUUGGGGGCCCGUUGGCCAAGGAGAUCUUCAAAGCUGAAGAAGAAGCUGCCUUUAACCCGUCCAGAAUUGUAGGAGGAUCCUCAGCUCAACUUGGUCAAUUUCCUUACCAGGCUGGUCUUCUCAUAGAAAUGCCAGGUUGGACUAGUGUUUGCGGCGGUUCUUUACUUAACUCAAGGAAAGUAAUUACCGCUGCUCACUGUUGGAACGACGGUGAAAACCAAGCCAGAAGUUUCACAGUUGUCCUUGGUUCGAUCAGACUGUCCAGCGGUGGCGUUAGAGUGUAUACUACUAAUGUCGCUAUGCACGGCAGUUGGAUGCCUAGCCUUAUUCGUAAUGACAUUGCUAUGAUCACCUUGCCUUCUGCAGUUUCUACUUCAAGCAGUAUUGGCUUCAUCGCUCUUCCAUCUGGUAAUGAGCUCAACAAUCAAUUUGUUGGCGCUACCGCAACUGCAUCUGGAUUUGGACUCACCAGAGAUGGUGGAGCCGUCAGUGAGACCUUGAACCAUGUCAACUUGUCUGUGAUCUCGAACGCUGUGUGCCGCAACACCUUCCUUCUUAUUCAGUCUUCUAACAUUUGCACAAGUGGUGCCACCGGCCAAAGCACUUGCCGCGGUGACUCAGGCGGUCCUCUUGUCGUAAACAGUAACAACAGACGCAUUUUGAUUGGUGUGACCUCCUUCGGUCAUAUUACCGGCUGCCAGCGUGGUCACCCAGCUGCUUUCGCUAGAGUGACCUCUUACAUCAGCUGGAUCAACCAACGCCUUUAA